UUCCCCCGCUGUCACACGGGCGGAGCGUGCGGGGAGCCCGCGGCGCUGCUGCAGCCGGGGCCGUGGCCGUGGCCGGGGCCGAGCCGCUCUGCUGGAGCCAGCGGAACCGGCUGCAGCUGCUGGCGGCGGUGGCGGAGCGGCAGCGGCGGCGGAGCGGCGGAGGGAUGACGCUCAAGUCGGGGCGCAGCGCCAGCGCCGGCAGCAUGCGGACCGCGCUGUCCGACCUCUACCUGGAGCACCUCCUGCAGAACCGGGCCAAGCCCGAGGCCAUCACCCAGUCCCCGAACGCCAUCACUGAGGACAUUUAUACCAACGGCUCAGUGACCGGGGGCAGCCCUUCCCACAGCAACGGCCGCGAGAUGCGCAAGAUACGCCUCGUCCAGUUCGAAAAGGUCAUGGAAGAGCCCAUGGGAAUCACGCUGAAGCUCAACGACAAGCAGAGCUGCAUGGUGGCCAGGAUCUUCCACGGGGGCAUGAUUCACAGACAAGGCUCCCUUCACGUGGGGGAUGAAAUCAUAGAAAUCAAUGGGCAGAGUGUGAGCAACCACUCGGUAGACCAGCUGCAGAAGAUGCUGAAAGAAACCAAGGGCAUGGUCUCAAUAAAAGUCAUUCCCAACCAGCAAAGCCGCCUGCCUGCUCUCCAGAUGUUCAUGAGGGCGCAGUUUGACUAUGACCCCAAGAAAGACAACCUGAUCCCCUGCAAGGAAGCGGGGCUGAAGUUUCAGACCGGUGACGUGAUUCAAAUCAUAAACAAGGACGACAGCAACUGGUGGCAGGGCCGGGUGGAGGGCUCCUGCACCGAGUCAGCAGGACUCAUCCCUUCUCCAGAGCUGCAGGAGUGGCGUGUGGCAAGCAUCACCCAGGCCGGUCAGAGCGAAUCCCCGAGCUGCAGCCCCUUUGGGAAGAAGAAGAAGUGCAAAGAUAAAUACCUGGCCAAGCACAGCUCAAUUUUUGACCAGCUGGAUGUGGUUUCCUAUGAGGAGGUGGUGAGGCUGCCUGCCUUCAAGAGGAAGACUCUGGUGCUCAUUGGGGCCAGCGGCGUGGGCCGUAGCCACAUCAAGAACGCUCUGCUCAGCAACAACCCAGACAAGUUCAUGUACCCACCCCCUUACACCACACGGCCCCAGAAGAAGAACGAGGUGGAUGGGAAGGACUACUACUUUGUGUCCACCGAGGAGAUGACCCGGGACAUCUCAGCCAACGAGUUCCUGGAGUUUGGAAGCUACCAGGGAAACAUGUUUGGCACCAAGUUUGAAACAGUGCACAAGAUCCACCAGCAGGACAAAGUCGCUAUUUUGGACAUUGAGCCUCAGACCCUGAAGAUCGUCCGCACGGCCGAGCUCUCCCCGUUCAUAGUGUUCAUUGCCCCAACAGACAAGGCAGAGCAGACAGAGGCCUUGCAGCAGCUCCGGAAGGACUCGGAGAGCAUCCGGAGCCGAUACGCACACUACUUCGACCUCUCGCUGGUCAACAACGGGGUGGAAGAAAGCCUCCAGCUGCUGCAGGAAGCCUUUGAGCAGGCCUGCAACUCCCCCCAGUGGGUGCCUGUCUCCUGGGUCUACUGAGAGGGCAUCCGACCCCAGCCGCUUCCCAUCAGCCAUCCUGCAGCCAUGGGGAGAAACCUCCUCAGCUUCCCCUGAUCCACACACAGCCCAGCACAACUCCCUUCCUCUGCUGCUCCACGGACAUGGUCUCAAUGGGUGACGUACACAACAGGAUCUCCGGAUCCCCUCUCCCAAGGGAACACAGGACAGGGAAUGCCCAGGGGACAGCUGCCUCCCUGGGUACCACAAUGCAGUGCUAAGUGGCUACAGCCAAGGCCAGAGCACCCCAUUAGCUCAGAGCACAGCUCCCACCUCACUGGGCAGGGGAAAGCUCAGUCCUGCUGGAGCACCCAGGCGAUCUCUGCAUCAGUCCCAAGGGAAGUGAAAGAGCAGAGGCUUUGCAGGCAGAUGUCCCCUACCAUGAGAGCACACUGUGCCACAAACACCUCAACAGCCUGGCUGGAGGCUGCAAGGCUUCAAGGAAACCCACAGCUUAGGAAGCUUCACACA